AUGGGAAGCUUUAUUUUCAAGUGGGAGCAUCCAGCUGAAGAGGUCUUUGUUACUGGAACAUUCGAUAACUGGUCCAAGAGCGAAAAAUUAGUAAAGACUGGGCAAGUCUUCAAGAAAGAUGUUCAACUCGCAAAUGCUAGGGAAAAGAUUUAUUACAAGUUCGUUGUCGACGGUAAUUGGGUUACAGAUCAUACAGCUCCUCAAGAGAACGACGCCUCAGGCAAUCUGAACAACGUCCUCACUAUAGAUAGAAUUGUGAAGCAUACACCUGCGACUGCUGGAAUCAUGUCUGGUGUUGCACCAACCUCGACCACCUCGGAAUUGGCAAAGGAUGUCCCUCUUGAGAAGGAGAAAUCCCCACUCGAAGAACAUGGAUCUUCAGAUUUGCCUGGAGCAUUCCCUGAGACCCCUGCUGCUGUCGAAAGAGGUGACUUCUCUAUAGAUCCCCUACCUGCUGCAGAUGGUGCAGUCAACCCUAUCAAGCUUGCACCAGGAGAGAAAGUUCCAAAUACAAAUUCCUUCACAACCAACAGCAUUACUUCGGGUGUACAUGAUGAUCCCGAGCUUGUCGCCACAUACAAGGCCAAGUCCGAAUCCGAGCCUACAUUUGGUAUCUCGCCACUCCCCGCUUUUGCCGGUGCAGUCAAUCCUAUAAAGGUUGCACCUGGAGAGAAGAUUCCAAAAUCAAGCGAUUUGACCACCAACACCAUCCACUCAGCUGUUCGUACCGACAAGGAAUCGUAUGACAACAGCGGCGCACUUGGCAAUGCUCCCAUCCUUCCUCCAGUUGUCACUCCCCAGGCUGAGCGGGACUUUAAAGGUACCGGAAUUCUUGAUCUGCCUCCUGUUACUAAGAGCUUGAUCCCUGAAUCAAGUUUGCCGAUGGGAGAAGGUGGAGCAGGCACAUUUGAUGUGAACCCAACUAUUCAAUCCGCCGGUCCUCAAAGUACAACAUCGAUCCUUGCCGCCAAAAUCCCACUCGAAUCCACAAAAGUGCCAGAGGUUGUGAAAGAGAGCCAAAGAGAGGCAGGCUUUGCACCCGAGGCCAGCGCAGUUCUAUCUGAAGUGUCCGACAAGAGCGCGGUCGAGAAGGAACUCAAGAGAGAGAUCGAUGUUGCCCCAACAACCUCUGAGGGAGUUGCGGGACAGGGCACAAUAAAGACUGAAAAGAAGGUUACCGCAGGUGAGGCUGCUGCUGCUGUUGGGGCAGCUGCCAUUGCUGUAGGAGGCGCCGCUUAUGCCGCCGCCGCCACAAUACCAAGUAGGCUUCCAGAGAGCGUAUCGAGCAUCCCAAGCAACCUUCCAGAAAGCUUGACGAGCAAGCUCCCAGAGUCUGUUCAACAAUCCAUCAACUCUCUUUCCGCUAAGGGAACCGUUGAUCAAAUCACUGAAAAGGACAUUCCAGAAAGCUUGACCAGCAAAUUCCCAGAAUCUGUUCAACAACCUAUCAACUCUUUCGCUACCACAGGAACUGUUGACCAGACCACUGCAAAAGACACCCCAGAAAUUGUUAGAGAAUCCAUCGCUGGGUCGGGUCAAAGCCCAGAGGCUGCUACUAAUGAAACAGCUGUUCUCGACAAGAAAGCUGUCGAGGAGGAAUUAUUGUCCGGACACAAGUCUGAGACAUGCACCGCUAAGGAUACCCCUGCGGUUGUUAAGGAGUCUAUUGCUGAGUCAGGUCAAAGCCCAGAGGCUGCUGCUAAUGAAGCAGCUGUUCUCGACAAGAAAGCUGUCGAGGAGGAAUUAUUGUCCGGACACAAGUCUGAGACAUGCACCGCUAAGGAUACCCCUGCGGUUGUUAAGAAGUCUAUUGCAGAGUCAGGUCAAAGCCCAGAGGCUGCUGCCAUUGAAGCAGCUGUUCUCGACAAGAAGGCUGUUGAAAAAGAAUUGUUGUCCGAGAUCAAACCCGAGACUUCCACUGGUGAACCUGCACCAAUAAUUGCCUCUGCAAAUGUUAACGAUAUUGAGCCUGUCAAAUCUGCUACUCCUACUGCCCCAGUUGUCACCAGUGGAGUCGCCUCUGUGGAGGUUCCGUCCAUCUCGGCCGCUGCUGCCCCAGCUGUUACAAGUGGAGUAGAGUCCACUAAUAUUCCAACAUUUUCUGGUCCAACACCACCAACAGACACAUACCCAAUCGAUUCCAGGGAUGUUUCGCCACAUACCACUCUCGCCACCGACAACCGGACUGCACCAGUUGUCACCAGUGGAUUGGGCUCUACAACAACUGCAGAAAAGUCAAAUGCUGCUCCAGCUACUCCUGCAAAGGAGAAUGCUGCAGUUUCCCCCGCAAAAUUAUCUGCUGAAUCCGCCACUCCAUCAAGCAGCCAAGUCGCAGAUAGCCCUGCUAAUUCUGCCGCGGCCGACAAGAAAAAGAAGCGUACCAGCUUUUUCGGAAAGUUGAAGGCAAAAUUUCACAAGGAUUAA